AUAAAGUGAAAACCAGGAAGUCUGUGACCAGGUGCUUCGCAGCCGCACGACGCAUGAUGGUUGAACCACUCAUGAGCCACUGAUAUGAGGCUGCUGCGACUAAUGAUACCAUCACCCGGCUCCACCGUGGGCAAAUGAAAUGGCGUCGUCACAGCCAAUCAAGAGGCGCCAUGUCCCACACGCACAGUCACCGGCGGGAGAGUGGCAAAGCUUGCAUAACACGAUUCUCGUUCUCACUACAAAACCACACUCGCUCUCUUUUUCUUCGUUCUUUCUCCCAUUUCCUAAAUCCUCCUUAAACCCUAACACUCUCAAUCUCAAUCUCAUGAUUAAUGGAAGACCGAGCGCAAGAUGCACUAUUCCCUGGUUGCCGGUUCUACCCGUCCGAAGAGGUUCUACUCGGCUACUACUUAACCAAGAAGAACGAGAACCGGGAGCAGAGGUUCAACGGUUCUGAUUUGAUCAAGGAACUGAACCUGUACGAUCAUGACCCCUUUGAAUUACCGGACGCUGCUUGCUUCCCGUACGGUUACCGAGGGAGGAAGAAGCAUUGGUUCUGUUACACCGUUAAAGAGACCAAAAGCCCAAGCAGAAAGGUCAAAAGCGGGUUCUGGCUCCGGAAGGGAAGGGUUCGAGAUAUUCGCGAUAACGGUGGGAUUGGGAACGCUGUUUUAGGCACCAGGUCCCGUUUCGUUUUCUACGUUGGGAAUUCGCUGAAAAAAGCUACCAGAACGGAUUGGAUUUUGUACGAGUACGCAUUGGUUGACCAAAUUCUGUCUUCGUUUGUGCUUUGUCGUGUGGUGAAUAAGCCUCAUCAUAAGAAUAGUCCAUCUGAAAUUGGUCGCAGUUGUUGUGCUGAAGAGAGUGCAGCUGUGGUGGUGCGACACAUCGGUGUUCAACAUGAUGGAUGUGUUGGAGGUGAUGACGUUUGUGAUGAUGGAUUUGUUAAUAGAGAGAUUGAGGCCGCUGAGAAUCCAAUUAGGCGUGGUGGUGAACAAGAUCAUGCUGCAACUGUUUCAGUUGCUCAGGGAAGUCAGCCGGUUCAGGAAAGGCUUUCUGGACUUCCCUGUGACGGUGCAUUGUACAUUGAAGCUGUGAUACCUCAGCAACACAUGCUUUCCAUUCUAGAGGAGGAUUUCAUAGAAUUGAAUGAUAUUGUAUGAAUUGGUUGGUUGUAAGAGAUAAUGUGAAUUCUAAUCCAGCUAUCAGGAGUAUUUGUCACCUGAAACAAUUGUAUUCAGAAUGGAUAACUGCCUCAGCUAAAGGAGAGAGAUUUAUAAUAUUGAGUAGCUGUUGUUCCACUCAAAUGAAGAUACAUACCGUCAGAUGGGUUGGGACGAAUGUCAUGGAUUAUGAUCUCUUCGCAUGUUAAGGUAGUUACUUUAGAUCUUUGUAUGUUAAACUCUUGAGCCCUACUUGAGGAAAUAUUCAGCGGAUCUUCUUUGUUUUGGGCAUGCAGAUUUUUUUCCUCUGCCUACUGAAUGGCAAUUGGCUCCAGAGCGAUAGAGUUAGAGUUAGAUAUUGGUAUUGGUAAUUGGAAUAUGCAAUUUACACUAAUAUGCCAUGAGCAACUUCACCGUACUUCAUGCUUUCAUUCCUUGAAUGAACGACCUGUUCAUAUUUAAAUUAUAUUUCAUUCCUGGGACCAUCAGAAUUUACUAUCUACACCUUAGUAGCAGGGCCUAUUCGUAUCUGUCUGUGGUACUUUAUUUUUCCUAUCUUGUUCAAGAGGUAAAUCGGAUGAACUCCAAAUUGUAAGUGUUACAGCAUAACCAUAGUUAUAUGAUUUGCCUUAACCUUCUAUUUACUUCUGUGUUUAAGCUGACUAAUUUUAUGAUUUUCAGGGUCUUUAUGUCUUGAUAAAUUUCUCUAUAAAGACUCAGAGGAGAAAAAACAUAAGAAGUAAAAUAAGCUUUUCUAUAAAGCUAAAAGUAGUUUAUUCAUUAAUUGAAAAAACAGCUAUUAUAGAAGUUAAUAUGAGAAAAGUUUUAUAAAUUAGCUUCUAUAUUAGCCAAUUUUAGCUUACGAAGAAACCUAUUUCAUUUUUUUUUCUUCUUUUGUAAGUGUUUGUAGAGACUUUAUUCAAAUUGGUACUAUGCAAUCUGGUACUAUGCCAUAUAUAUCGUGGUUUUUGUCAACUGGAUCUGUGUAGUUUCUGUAUAUAACAAUGCUGCUUGUGCCUUUUUGUGUGGGUAUGCCACUAGUGGUAUCAAUUUAUGUUUGUCUAUUUGGGGGAGGAUUUGCUCUUGUUUACUGCAUUUUCAUGUGUAUUUUAUGUGACAGGUUUCAUUUCAUCGCUACUUGUGUGGUAUAACUUCUGUUUUGAAAUCCAGUUGUAUUGUAUUCCCUUCUUUUGGCUAAAAGUUUGAGCUUGGCACUUAAAAGGCAUUUGAAUCGGUUUAAAUUGUACUUGAUUGCUAUGUGAUAGGAAAAAGUUCCAAAAACUAGGAAUCAAUGAUCAUUUAUCUAUUGAAUGUUGUUUUCUGCUUUGUCUAUGACAUUAUUGUGUGCUAGAUCAAUGCACGUUCAGUGAAUUUAAUAUGGUCCCCGUUAAAAAUCAUGACUCUUUUUAGUGGGUCUGACAUAAAAUUUAUCCAAUAGUAAAGAAGACUCUAUAUUGUAAAUGUAAAGAGUGUGCUGUUCGCAGCAUCGAUAUAGGAACAGUGUAGUUUGUAUUUGUUGUGUUUUAUGUGCAUUUAAUAUACUGACAUUUGGAAGUUCAUAGUAGUUUGUUUGUGAUCUGCUGUGUGAUAUGCUUUAACUUCAAGUCUCAUACAAAGAUUUCAGAAAGUUCAUGGUUCCUGAGACCCGUUUCUCCGUAAAUAUGAUGUUAUUUAAACAUCUAAACAUAUAUAUCUUUGAGCUUCAGUAAAGAUGUCAAAAAAAUUGGGCAUACUUUGAAUGUUGGACCAAAGAAUUAUAUUUUUGCAGCAGUUAUUCUUUCUUUUACCCAAAGCAUGGGCGUUGCGUGCGCCUGCCAAGUUUGGCACCACCUAUGCAGAAAUAACUUUUUUUGGGUGGGUCGACUCAGUUCCAAAAAAAAUAUCAUUGUUUGAACAGAUUGAUGAGCUUAUUUCGUGAAUACUGCCAAUGAUAGCCUGAUCCGUGACCCAGUGGAUCAGUUCUAGUAUUUUACUUGUGCAUGAGUUGAAAUGCAAGGUUGUGUAGGGUUG